AUGGAGAUUGAAGGAGCGAGUGUAACAGCAGCAAUGGUUACAGUUCAAUUCCUGGAAGUAGGUGGUGACACACUAAUGAAAUCAGCAACUAAAGAUGGAAUGAGUAGUUUCAUUUUCACUGUUUAUUCAAAUCUUUUUGCUCUAUGUGUCCUUCUACCAACCACUCUUUUCUACCAUAGAAAAAGACCUCCUCCUCCAAUUUCAACAUCAAUUUUCUGCAGAAUAUUUCUUCUUAGUUGCUUCCAAGCUUCAGUGCAGAUUUUGACCAACACUGGAAUUAGAUAUAGCUCUCCCACUUUGGCAUCAGCUAUGGUUGAUCUUGUCCCUGCUUUUACCUUCAUAUUUGCUUUAAUUUCAAGGAUGGAAAUUCUAAAUUUGAAACAACAUAGUAGUCAGGCAAAAGUUAUUGGUACAAUGAUCUGCAUUGCAGGGGCAUUAACUGUGACAUUAUAUAAAGGAAUACCAUUAAUUAGUAAUGCCUUUCCAAAUAUAGAAAUGGGAGCUCGUGGAAUUAACAUCGCAGGAAAAUCAGAUUGGAUAGUUGGGGCUAUUCUUCUUGCAGCUGCUAGCUUUUGCCUUUCAAUUUUACAUAUAGUUCAGACUUGGAUUAUGAAGGAAUAUCCAGAAGAGCUAGUGGUAACAACUAUUUGUUGCAUUUUUGUGGUAAUCCUAUCUUCCAUUGUCGCUCUCAUUUCAGAGGGUAUUUCAAAAGCUUGGAUACUUAGACUUAAUAAGGAGUUUGUAUCUUUGUGUUACUCGGCAAUAUUUUUGGUAUCAACAAGGAGCGUUGUAACCAUAUGGGCAUGUCGUAAGAAAGGACCCAUAUAUGUAGCUAUAUUCAAACCAUUAAGAGUUGUCGCUGCACUUGGCAUGGGAGUAAUAUUUCUGGGAGACAAUCUCUAUCUUGGAAGCAUGAUUGGAGCUGCUAUUAUAAUUAUUGGAUUUUAUGGUGUAAUGUGGGCCCAGGCUCAAGAGAAACACAUAAAAAGUGAAAAUAACAUCCUCUCAUCUUCUUCAACGGCUCUUUUGUCAGACAAAAGGAUGGAUAUCUAA